CCGAUCGGAGCCGACUUUCCUAUUUCUUUUUUUUUUCCCUCUCGAACGAAAAUCGAACGAGUCCGUCGUCCGCCGAGUCUUCGUUCCAACUCGAUCGGUCGCGUUCCGAAAGGUUCCCACGGGGUUUUUCGAACGUACGAGGACAAAGAUGGUAUAACUUAUGCAUCCGUCCCCACGGACGUCGAUGUUUCCUUUGCGUUUUGGCGCCACGCUCGAGUCACGGUAACGCGAGAGGGCUCGCAUCGUCCGGUCGAUUGGUUCGCAAAAGGAUUUCGACCGUCUUGAAUCUACAUACAUGAAUGCGAAUGCGUCAUGCUGCUACAUAUGUAUGCACGUGCAACGCUCUACGAUCCGUUGCCCGUCGCUAGCCGCGUACGUACUUAAUUUGCAUCCUCCUCGUUCGUACGGGUUCGUUCGGUAGAUCGAUACCAGCGAAUCGGGACGAUUCGGAAGGAGCCCUUCGUCCAAGGACGCGCGAUUCGGUAAGCGCGUUUAUUCCUCUUUAGUGCGCCGGAUUUCGGCCCUCGGAACGUCGUUAUCGGUAUCCCAUACGCGUCGGCGAGCACUUUUCGCGCGAGCGUGUCCCUUGCCCGGCCGGGUUAAUUCGAAGCGAUCGAUCGAUACGCUUUAAGAGCACUCCAGGCGUCCAAUUAACACGCAUAUGCAUACUUUACGAGUGUAACGACGAUAUGCGAGGACUGUUAUCUCGAUGGCUAGUGAAAGGAACGGUAACGGCUUGUCGCGCGAACUCGUAAUUCUCGUUUCAUUACCGUACUUUUUACUCCGCCGCCGUAUACGAAGAUUGAGAUAAAUUACGAAGGAAACGAAUCGACCGCUAUAAAAUCCAUCGUCAGGCGCUCCUCGAUAUAUCCAUUUUAAAGGCGACUUUAUUUUUCAAGGACAGGAUCGAGCAGGGGACACGCUCGUGCGAGACAGUUCUCAUUGUUCCUCGUUUUUGCCCAUACUUUCUUUGUUCGUUUUUUUCCCUUCAAUCUCGGGAGACGCUUUUUGCACGAAAACCGGACUCGAGUACGGUAUCGAUCGAGAGAUCGAAGGCCAACGGCGGUGCGCCCGGUCACGAUCGAGCCUGCAGCUCGCGACAGCGUUCCUUUUAGCGUGCUCGUCGCGCUGCCGCUGCGACGAAGUCUUCUUCGUCGUCUUCCUCCCGAAAGUCGAGCUGCUUCUUUUUCGGUCUAAAUCCGGCCACGUAGGCGCCUCCGAGCGCUCGCAGGAGUCCGAGUGUGCUCGGAGAAGAACAAGAAAGACCGAGAGAGAGAGAGAGAGACCAAAAGGAGGUGAAGGCACCUCGCGAGCUUUACCUUAUAAGGUUUCCUCUCUGGACGCUGCUGCCCAACGCCCAUUAGAAAUCCUUUGUUGUCCCGACCUCUUUUCUCCCCGAUGAAUUCCCCGUCGAAUCGACUUCGAGUCGUACUCCUCGAUUCCUACGAGAUGAGCUUUUUCUACAACUUUUUUCUUCGAUAGGAAUUUCGAGCAACGUUAGAGGACAUCCAAGCGUUGGACCUUAAUAUUCAAGGAUUUCGCUCGAGCAUCUUUUACUCUAAAUGUAUCCUUUUUGUACGAGACGUUUUAAAGCGUCGAGAAUAACGCGGUAUAAAUUGCACCCGUAGAACGAGAGAAUUCGAGCGUACUUUACGGAGAACUCAUGAAUAAGGAAAGGGCGUAGCGGAGGUGUACGCACCGCGCGGCGUUCUCUAAUUCCAACAGGAUAACUUUUAAACGCUGCUGUGAAAAAGUUCUUCGCAUGCCGCACGGAACGUUGCCUACGUUAAUUUCCUCGGUAAACCAAGGUGGAGCGAGCGAAACGGCGUCCGAGAUUAACAACGUGACAUAUUUUUUUCAUCUAGAAACAACAGAACUCGUUUGCACUUUUUAACGAUUCUUUGCGCUUGGGAUAUUUACCUUGGACGACUCCGCGUUUACUACCGCGGGAUUUUUCUUCGUCGAUCGAUUACAUUUCGACGUUUUUAUUCCCGAUGAGCUAGCGAGAGCAAGGACGAACAAAAAAGGCGAAGAUAUUCGGAAGGGGAAGAGACGCGAAAGAAGACAAACGAAGAAGCGCUUUUUUCUCUGUAAGCAAUUUGUGUACGGCUGGACCACCUCUCGGCCACUCUCUCUCUCUCUCUCGGUCUUUGUCCAGCUUUUUUCUUCGUCCUUUUCUUCCCGAUGUACCACCGUCCCUUGCUUCGACGAGAUUCUCCCUCCGGAUCUUGGCGUCGCGAAAUACCUCGGCGCAUUCCUUCGCAUCGCGCCGCCGCGAUUUGGGUCCACUCGCCGUUCGCCCGGCCAUCUUUCUUAAAGCCGCUGUUAGAGCCCGAGCACGAAAUAAAGUCGACUUCCGAGCGUUUCUCUGUCGAACGCAGAAUUCACAUUUAACGUCGUAUUAUCGUUUGAAAUAAUUCCGUGGAAAAGCGCGUCUCGUGUUAUUUCAAACGGCAAUAAUUCUCGGCUCAGCUUGCAAGACGCUGGACACAGAAAUGCUUUUCGAGAUCUUUGACGGUGCAUUUCCAGCUGGCCGCAGAUCGAAACGUUCCGUUGCCUUCGUAUUUAUAUCCGUCCCAGAUCGUCGAACUUUUUCUUCCGGUAGGCGGUCCCUUCGCCGUAAAUCCUGAUUCAUCCCUUUUGAUUUUUCAGCGGGCAGCGCAUAUUCCUUUUCGUGGAUCCGCGCGGGUACGGCUAUAUAUACGACGGGAGGCACGCGCUUACGGUUUGCGGUCUAUCGCCGAACGAACGCGUUCUUUUUUCUCCUUUUCGUCGUUCUUCCGGUCUUCUAUUAGCGUCUCCCUCUCGUAGAAGCCGGAGCCAUAGAGCGCCGUUACGACGUUCUUUCGAAAUUGCGCAAUCGGCGCGCGAUCCGGCUACUCGUUUCGUCGCCACCGACGACCAAGUUCGUCGAACUUGCAUCCACGUUGCGUCCCAUAUUUCCUUAUCUCGUCGCGUCUUCGAUAUUUCACUCCGCUCCGUUCCACUUGUCAUUCUUUUCUCUAUUUUCCUUUACGAUCAUUAAUAACUAUUCUAUUAUUGCUUCCCCCGCGGCUCGCCUCGGUCAAAGACGCGCAAAGUAGCUUUCCUCGGACUCAAUGAGAUUUUUUGAACGAACCUACGAACGAGAGAGCCCUCGGCGCCAGUGCGCAAAUUUACAAACGUCUAGUAUUUACGAAUACUCGUAAUGCGCUUGUUUAAGAUCAUGUUUGCCGACGAUAGCUAUAAGAAUUUCGUAACGACGUUCGAUCGUCGAUGUUUCUCGAUAUUCAACAAAGAAAAGGUCGAUCUCUUACGUCAGGCAACGCGUAUCGCAUGCGCGUAAGUACCACGCUCGCGUCGAAGCAUAAUUCUCGCGAGUCGGCGGUGAUAGAACAUUUCAUAACACGUCCGAUCGCGAACGAGUCUUCGAGUCUCGAACGAAUGGCGCCGCUUUUAUCGUUCGAAUCCUCGGAAAAUAUCGUUUGGAAGGCUCCGGCGCGUCUCUCGCAAUUAAUAAACUUCAUCCUGCCGUUGUUGAGCGAGAUUAAUUAGAGAAUUAUUCCGAGCGUGCGCGAUAUAAAAUCAAUUCGAUUCAUUUUCCUAUGGAACGAAUCGAUCGGAAUCAUGGGCGAAAGCUACCAACGAAAAUCCCUCCGAGACAAAGGAUUCGAGAAGGAGAUAGGAAUGGAAGAAGAGGGAGAGAGAGAUAGCGAGAGAUCAUUGCUCUUGCGAGAUCGACAUUACAAUUUCAUUUCGCUAGCAUAGCGAUUCGCUUCGGUUCACCGAUCCCCUCUCUCUCUCUCUUUCUCCUGUGGUACUCUUCUAUUCUUCCUCUUCUUCUCCUCUUUCUUCGCUAUUUUACGCCAGUUUCAAUUUAUGGCGCCGUACGAGGAAUUUCUCCUAAUUACCACUAAUUAGAGUUAAUACGGUAAAUGCCGGCUGCCACGAACUCGACGUCAAAAGUCGAUUCUCUAGUCAGCGAGCGCUUCUUUCUACGAGGAACGAGAGAAAGAGGAAAAGAGAGGGAAAGAAAGAAAGAAACGUCUUCGAUAGAGAAUCUCUUAAUAUUCUUUACGGAUCGUUAUCCGAUCUUUUGUAAGUUUACUUAUACGCCUAUGCGAGUUUAAUAGACAAAGAGAGAGAGAGAGAGAGAGAAAGAAAGAGAAACAUCUCGAAACGCGCAGGGUUCGAUCGCAAGGACAUUCGUAUAGACUUUUCAGAAGAAAGAACGCGUUAGCGUUCAACAUAAUGCUUUUACAUUCCGAAAGCCUCCGACAACGGACUCGUAGCCGAAGGGCGUGGCCGCGUUCUUCGUACUCGGUUUAAUCGUUCUCUCUGAGUAACGCGACGAAUCGCUAUGGACAUCGGCCGAAGAAAAUUCUCUCGAGAAUAAGAAGAAGAAGAAAUAAAGGACAAGAGCUAAGAGACGAUCGCGACCGCGCGAGAAUUUCUAUUUCAUUCGCCGAGAAAGUUCGAGAGAAGAGAUAUCGAUAGUCUUCUUGAUAUCUCUCACGCUAUUAUCAUUGCCUCGAUACUUUCUGUUAACUACGUUUCCCAGACUUUCUUCUUGAUAACUCUUUUUAUUUUUUCUUUUCUUUUUCUUUUUACCUUUGCCCUACCAACGAUGAUCGGGAGAAAAGAGCGACGAUCCAAAGAGGUCGACGUUAAGUAAAUACAAUCGUUCGCGAUACGCGUUUGGAAAUCCAACGAGAGUAAACGAUCGUCGCGCAUAUUUUAAAUCUAGAACGAGAGCUCCUUCUUCUCUUUCUGCCAUAGGAGAUACUCGAAACUUAUCGCAUUAUUUAAUGGCAGAAGGGGAAGGCACGCUGCGUUGGUUCGUUCGCGCGAUCACGACGCGACAAUUUCUUGCCGGUCGAAGCGGGACGAUAUCUCUCGUCGGAUAAUGAGCGUGGCAGCUGCUCCCGUCGUCGUUUGAUACACCGACUAAUAUUUUUAGCGAUAAACCGUUCGCUCGCUAGAAAACGCGACACGAUUCGGUUUGUCGCGAUGACGAAAUCGUCGCGUUUUAAACGAUUAGCAUCGGAGUCCUGGAAGCGUCUCGCAAUCGGUUAAUCGACCCAAUUGCCUACGAUCUAGUCUUUGGAUCAUUUCUUUCGGACUCGAGCGGGCGUCGAGUCGUCUCGCGCUUACUUUUUAAGACGAAGAAGAGGAGAGAGGGAGCUCCAGAAGGGACAUUUUCUCGUGGGAUCUCUUUCAGCUUCCCGAGAACCCUUUUGGCUUCCGAGUACGCGUCCGUUUUUCUCUCUUUCGCUCCCGUGCCACUUCCUUUCUCUCUUUCUCCUCGGGAUGUAAAUCUCUCGAAACGAUCUUUCGCCUUCCCCGGCAUGCGAGCGGAAAUCUUCAAAAGAAUCUUACGCGAAUUUUUUCUCGCAAAAUCGUUUUAGCCUUCCAGUGAAAUUUUGAUUUCUUCAAAAGUACGGUUGGGAUAAUACGAUUUGCGCGACGCCCCGUAAAAAAUAUUUACCAAGAAUUCUUAAAUCAAUUAAGGCUCGUUAGCCGUUUAACUCGCAGGAGGUAAAGACGUCCGACUAUUCGCGUCGUGUACGCUCGUCCACUCAUAUAGCUCGUCCCUAGAUGAUGAAAGACAAACAGGAUUUCGCGGUACGCACUUCCAUAGAAAGCGAGUUCGCGAACGAACCGGCUGCAUGGGAAGUACACGGAACGAGAUUACUGAAUAAAUCUAGGACGUAGGGAAACCCAAAGCGAUUCGGAUAAUCUAAUGAACAAAUGGGAUUCCAGCGGGUUCUACCUCGUACUCGCGAGUUUAUCCUAUAUGUCUAAGUUUAUUAUUUUAUCAUUAACGAUCGCGUAUAGUCGUUUAGAAAGUUUCCAUAGUUUCGUAAAAAAAGAACGAAAAUAUCUUUCGACGAGAUUACGUUUUUUCCACGAAAAUCUCUUCCACGAGACAUAAAUCUAGCCAAGAUGGAUUUGAGAGAGAAAGAAGAAGACGGAUAGAAAGAAUUCUUAACGUUUCGAAAGUAGUAAUAAAAGAGACCGAGCUCGUAGGAAAUCGGAGAAGGUGCCAAGAUUUCGAGAAAACCUUUUUCCAGCUUCGACUCGUUCGAUCGUCGCGUAGGUGGCUCGUCGUUUCUAUGAAAUACAAGAUGAGAACGCACGCACGCACGUUUCCUACGGUCGUUGAUGCUCGCUAAUAUUUCAUAGAACGGUCGCAACAUUUUACGAUCGUUCGACCAAGGACGAUCCGGUUGUCGUACUUCGAUAUCGCGAGUACAUUUCGUUUGCGGUCCAUUUGAAUUUAAUGCCUCUCCCAUUAUCACCGUUCUCUCUUCCUCUUCUCUUCUUCGCAAAUCCGUUCGAUACGGGGUAUAACGUUGCAUCGAUGCAUACCUACGUACGAAGCUUGAUGCGCUAGUCGCGGCUGGAAUAACGCGGUGCAAGGAUAACGCGGAGGUCAAAAGUCUUCGAGGAUCGUGUUAUACGCGUUACGUGAGAAUAAUAUUCGCGUUGGUUAGUUCGCUUUUUCGAGAUCGAAUAACGGUUAUUCGAUCGUUUAAGAUAAUCGUUAAAACGGUAAAAUUAUCUGUUAUAAAAAUAAUCGAUUUCAGAAAGAUUCUUCUUCAAAUUUAAACUCUUUAACGAGGCAACGCGGCAAAGGGAAUAGAGACGAUGGACGUAACCGAGUUAUUUAACGCAAUCCAUAUUGUAGGUCAAGCCGACCGUCGACGCAUAAUACUCGACCCUAGUUUUUACGACCGUCCUCCGGACCUGAACACUUUGCGUUUUCCGAACCGAAUCGCGCAGCGUUCAUCCUGUUGCGUCUACGAUAAAGAGGUGUCCGGACCAUCGUCCAGAUUACUCUAAUCUCCGCGGCGAUAAAUCCUCUCUCUCUCGAAAAAUCGUUACGAACGCUCUUACUCUCGUAUAUUUUACGAUUCUGUAAAUGUUGGAAUAAUAAGGAUAGAGGAAUACUUGGAGAAUUUCGAAAACGAAGCGUCGUUGAACGCGAACCUGGGUCUUCGAUUCGAUUGCGUUAACGCGUUUUCGAUGCGUUACUUCGAUCGGGUGGCAACAUAUCGAGGCGGCCCGACAGAGCCGAAAUCAAUUAACUUAGCUAUGCGUGUCUUGUACUCUCUCGCUCGUCUGUGUGCGUGCCUGCAUGCGCGCGGGCGCACGUACGAGCAUACAAGUCCACGUAAUCGGGCUCCCUUCGUAUCGCGUCGCUCGUACGCACGCACACACGCACGUAACACGCACAAAGUCGGUCGUCGGUGUGCGAUACGUUUGGAACGAUGUGCCUAGAGCCGCGUGCGUAGCUGCCGCGUGGGUUGCCAUGGGCAACUCAUGACUAACACACACUGCACAGAUCUCUCUCUCUCUCUCUCUCGCUCUCCCUCUCCCUUUUUCAACAUUUCGCGGCUCUCUCGUGGUUCCCGCAGUAACGUAGCUACGAGUUUCUCGAUCGACGCCAAAAGAGGUGCGAAGGUAUCUUUAUUUCGAUUUUUUAUUAAUUUCCAAUCAAAGUAUAUUCGCGGACAGACAUUAAGAAUAAAUUCGACGUUAAGAAAAAGAGGAAUCGACGUUAAAUGGAUUUUACAUCCAUCGAGGAAUCGAGGAAUGCGACGAGCCAAGAUAGGAUCGUCCGUUCGGACUUGCAUCGUACGCGAAAUAAAUUCCGUGCGUGCUUCGUUAAACUAUUACUUUUAGUUUCGUCGAUGAAUCGAUGAAACCGUAAAAGUAAUCUUUGCGCCACGUCACCGCGGAUACAGGAUUACCCAAUAGUCUCUCUCGUAUCAUCGAUCUCUCCGAUCUCAGAGGAUUUCACACGCUUCUCGAGUAAUUAAUUUUUAACGAUCUCGUUCGCGAUUUCGAAAAGGCGUUACGGUCAUCGGGGAGUUUAUUCAGGUGCGUUCGCGUCUCUCUCUCUCUCUUCCUGACAUUUCAUAUCAAUCUUUCGCCGCCCCUGCGCUCUUUCCGAGUUAUCUUUGCCUCUCUUUGUCGCACGCGUUGGGACAUCGUAUUCUCCGUCUGUCGCAAGGGAUAGGGACUCAGGGAUGUAGCAACGUUAGCUCCAUUGGCGAGCAACGGUGCGUGACCGAGGACACACCGUGUUUGUUCGAAGCAUACACGAGACUCGCUGAACUCGCAAUAUUUUCUCUCGAGUCUUAUCGCCUUCUAGUCCUUUUGUUCGUCCGUUUCCUAUCGCCGAAAGGGAUACUCCUCCGUGUUGUUUUCUCCUAAGGCGAACCUAAGCACUCGGAAUGACCAGGAGACACGUCGCUUCUACGGAUCGCACGUAUAUUCGUGGAACAUAGUUGGAUCCUGGUUAAGCAAAUAGAGAGGAUGAUAAUUUCGCAAUCGGCUAGGCACGUUUCUCCGAGUCGAGCAAUCUCUUUUAUGCGGAAGAAAGUAAUCGAAGGAUACGGAGAAACAAAGGAUCCUUUCUCGAGAGAUAAAAUAAGGAUACGCAUUCCGUCUUCCUGGAAAAGGAAAAGAAAACUUUCAGAGUAUAUCUGUGGGAUCCUUCGAGGCGCUGACCCCUUAGUCUGGACUGAAAAGGGAUCGUCCCUGAACCCGCGGCGAGUCGGACUCCGGAGCAGAGUGGGGGGUGGAUCGUCGAGGUUCGUGGAGGGGACCGAGCUAGCUAGUGGGGGCAAGAGAAGGAGAGAAAAUGGAUGCUGCUCGGAGUGACGAAGAGCGUCAAAGUUGGAAGGUGGAGUGGGAAUAAAAAGAAGGACGGAGACAGAGAGAGAGAGAGAGAGAGAGAGAAAAGGAACCCUCGGCCACCCUCGUUAGAGUGCACCUCCGCUCCCUUCUCCGCCUCUCCUCUUCGCCCACUCUUGCCUUCUCCCGUCUCUUCUCUCGACUCACGUUCGUCCAGCGGGAAGCUCGCAGGACAGGCAGACGCUUUCCGGCCGGCUUUGUGGAGAAGACGAGAGUGCGAGAGAGAAAACGCGCGCGCGCCUUCGUACGAGAGUAAGAGAGAGAGAGAGGAAAGGAGAGGAGAACGCAAGCCGGCUCGCCGCCUCCAUACCACCUCCAGCAUUCCCGGCGUGCACACACAGUUGCAGCUGCACCGCCGUCGUGGCUCGCUCGCUCGCUCGCUCGCUAAGCUAGCUAGCUAGCUAGCUCGCUCGCUCGCUUGCUCGUGCGCACACGCGCCGUCUGCGCGCGCGUAUUUCUCUCUUUUUCUGUCUCGUUCUCUCUCUCUCUCUCUCUGUCCCUUUUUCACUAUCUCUCUUUUUCUUUUCAUCUCUUCCGAUAGAAUUUCGCGUAUUUACGUGUGCGUGGUCGAACGACGCUGACUUUUACGAGCUGCGUGCUCGUAAGGAAAUCCUCCCGAAAGGGAUCGUCGGUGUGUUCGCGUUGAUAUCGAUGGAUCGUUUUUCCGUGUGACGAUAUUUUCACUUUUUUUUGGAAAAAAAAAUUCGGAGUGAUCGACGGUACUUUCCGUCUUUUGUCGAUAUUUUCUGUGCGGAUAGUAGAGAGAUCUCGUUUUAUCGAGGAUCACGAUCGGCGGGAAGGAUAAUUCGAUCGGUCGAAUCGUGAAGGUUUGACAUUUCGCAAAUGUCAGACUCGAGAGGCAACGCCGUAUUCGACUCGUAAUCGGAGUGUCGAACGUGGACCCGCUACGAUAACGGAACGAUAACGGAGAGAGUAUAUCAAACGGUGUAAGUCCCAGGUGUACGUCCGAGAGAUCGAGUUGUGUGAGACAUGUGAUCGUGAACGAGAGAGUUUCCUAUUUUUCGUUCCUCGAGGAGAGGAAGAAGCUCUCUUUCUAUUAAGGGAAAAAUUUCCACGCGUAAAAAAGUCGACGACAUGGAUUGGAUGAGGAGACAGGAUAUCAAGGAGGAGUCGGCGGAAACUCCUGCCGUCCUGACACCGGAAGACGCUGACGAAUGUUACUUCGAGGAAGAUACGUCGAUAGACGAGGGCAUGGGUCUCGAUAACGUGAGCUCGGCGACCCUCAGGCCCUUCAACUCGGACAUCAAUACUCCGAGAAUCGACAGCUACAGGUUUUCUAUGGCCAAUCUCGAAGAUUCGCAAGAUGUCGACCUGGAUGCGAUUCUCGGCGAACUGUGCGCUUUGGAGCGGCGUUGCGACGGCGAUAUCGCGGCCACUCCGGCGCAAGACUCUCAGAGGCAAGGACGCCCGAAUAACGGAAGGAUCACCGCCACCGAUAACACGGAUAUCGGCAAAAAUGAAGGUGGCAUUCGCACGGACAGCCCCGACAACGACAGCGCAUUUUCGGACACGGUUUCGAUGCUGUCCAGCGAGAGCUCAGCGAGCAGCAGUGGCUCGGGACACAAGCCACCUCAGACCGCCAUGCACGCGGCUCCUCAGCAACAACAGCCGCAUCAGCUUAUGGACGCCGCGAGCAGAGCGAAGGCCGAGAAGAUACGGCUGGCGUUGGAGAAGAUGCGAGAGGCCAGCGUCCAAAAGCUCUUUAUCAAAGCCUUCACGUUGGACGGGAGCGGCAAAAGUCUCCUCGUAGACGAGGGAAUGAGCGUAGCUCACGUUUCGAGGCUCCUCGCGGACAAGAAUCACGUGCCAAUGGAUCCGAAGUGGGCCGUGGUCGAACACUUGCCGGACCUUUUCAUGGAAAGAGUAUACGAGGAUCACGAGCUAUUGGUCGAAAACUUGUUGCUGUGGACGAGAGACUCGAAGAACAAGUUGCUCUUCGUCGAGAGGCCGGACAAGACUCAACUCUUCCUCACUCCCGAAAGAUUCCUGUUGGGCCCGUCGGACAGGUGUAGCAACGAAUACGACGACCAUUCGCGCAACAUUCUAUUGGAGGAAUUUUUCUCGAGCAGCAACGUUGGCGUUCCCGAGGUCGAAGGACCGUUGUACUUGAAAUCCGACAGCAAGAAGGGCUGGAAAAAGUAUCAUUUCAUAUUACGAGCAUCCGGCCUUUAUUACUGGCCCAAGGAGAAAGCUCGUACCGCCAGAGAUCUCGUAUGUUUAGCCACGUUCGACGUGAACCAAGUUUAUUACGGCGUCGGUUGGAAGAAAAAGUACAAAGCACCGACGGAUUUUUGUUUCGCCGUAAAGCAUCCAAGAUUGCAGCAACCCAAAUCGACGAAAUACAUAAAGUUUUUAUGCGCGGAAGACAACGCGUCUUUGGAGCGAUGGAUGGUCGGCAUUAGAGUGGCCAAAUACGGUAGACAGCUAAUGGAGAACUACAGAACGUUGGUGGACGAGCUCGCGCAAGAAGACCUCGAUCUAUUGGCCCACGCGAGAUCGUGUUCCGUCAGCUCGAUCGCCGUACCACCUAAUCAAACUCAGUAUAACACGACCAACGACAACGCGAGGCAAUUCAUCGAAAACGCGAGGCACGAGACCCAAGCGACGACGAGGCAAUACGACGGUCAACGGCAGAGUUACAAUUCGGAACAGCGACAAAGCUACAACAACGACGGAAGGCUUAGCAGAGCCAGCAGCUCGAGUUCCAGCGGAUGUUUGUCCGAUGGAGCACCGAGUAGUUGCGAGGUGGCUUUCGAGUGUGGAGAAUUUCCAACCGGAACGAUAAAGCGAAAACCUUCCAUGAACCCGAAACUUCCGCUGACGUCGAUCACGAGGCAAUUGAAGGAAGUGGGCGAGACUGUACGCGACGAGCCGGAUUCCUGCCCGAGUCCGACCAGCUCCGGGUCGGGUACCUUGACCAGAAGACACAGCCGUAGGAGAAGCGGCACCGAUUCGGACGGGUCGGGCACCCUGAAGAGACAUCAUAGAUCCGGCAACGCUACUCCGGUCAGUCCUGUACCGCCCGGAACGCCGGUUAGGGAGAGAGCCAGUCCUAUGGGAUACGGGCGAACGGAGAGUCAAGAGUCCAAGACGCCGACCAGUCCUAUACAACCGUGUAUGAUGGAUUCUAUCACGUCGCUGCCACCUCCGCCGUCGCCCUCGAGAGUCGCCGAGGAGGGCGAAUCGGACAGCGAGCCUUUACCGCCACCGCCGCCGGAAAUGUUUCGUUCGAAUCUCUCUCUGGACUCGUUACCGCCGCCGCCAGGGGUAGGCGAACUUCCAGUUUGCAACACGCCGGAAUUGACCGGCUCCUCGUUGAGUCUCGCCUCCUUACCGCCGCCGCCGAGUCCUCUGGUCGGCGAGACCGGCACGAUACGCCGCGCGAGACCGAAAACCUCGAGCCCGUCGAAUUCGAUGACUCCCGAGAGCACGCCUACGCACGCCGCUUCCUCCAGGCCAUCCAACAGCAGCAGCAGCAGCAACAGCAACAGCAGCAAUCAGCAGACGUACACGAGCGCGAGUAUCGCCACGCAAAACGCCUCUGCUCUUCAAAACAGUCAGAGUUACGGGAGCAGCAACGCGACCAACUCGUCGAAUUCUCCACACAGUUCCUAUCCUGGCUCGAGCGCCAGCACGCCGACUUACGCGCCGAGUUCGCCGAGUUUCGCGUCCCCGCCGCCCUUCGUCCCGCCCCCGGCUUACGGUUCUCAAGCGCAGCACGUCGGCACGCAAAGCUUGACGAGACAAAAUUCGAAACCCGAGUCGAUCUACGGGAGCCACCAGAGCGGCCACAACACCGUACCAAAUCCGAUCAGGCCGAAUCCGAACAUGGACACGGUCAGAAGGAGUGCCAUGAAGCAAGGUACGAGCCAUUACGCCGCGCCGCCCUAUCUCGCCGAAUUGAAAGCGGCAUCCAGCCCGCAACCGCAGCGUCGAGUGACCAUCCAAGAACCACCGACGUCGCCCAAGUCGAAAAGCGGUACGGGCAAAAAGAUCACGUUCAAUUUACCGGCGCAACAGGAACCCGGUAGUCCGGCGUUGCCGCAAAGAAAGCCGAUGCCACCGAGAAGAUCCGACAGUACCAGAUUGACCUCGCCGAAAAAAUUAGCUGCCUCGGAUCAGGCACCGCCCGGCGACUUUUUGAAGGAUCUCCAACGCGUCAUGAGAAAGAAAUGGCAGGUCGCGCAAAAGUGCAAACUCGACUCGACCACGACGCCUCACGAGGUCUUGGGUUUUCGAGAUCCGCCGCCGGCCGUGGCCGACUACAGGGAGACCAACGUCUCCAAUUGGGUGCAGGAGCACUACGGAGUGGACAAUCUCUACGAGAACGUUUACACGACGGAUCCGCAUGCACCGCUCGAGUAUGCCUCGAGUCCCGCUCGUCAACCUACCGUCAGAUUCGCCGACGAAAACCGUAGCAUCAAUAUCGUCAACGCGAUCGCCAGCAAAAGGAGACCGCCUCCGCCGCCACCGAAAAGGGCGGAGACCACGCAUCUGACCACGACCAGGGCGAUGCACUGACAAUAGCAGAUAAUACAACCUCAUCCGGAGAGGCGAUGGUAUUGCUGCUUGUGCGGCUGGUGGAAGGACUGAGAAAGGAGGAUUUUUCGCCGUUUUCUUCCAUCCCUUUUGCGGUCCUGCGCAGCGUUUGCUUCGACGUUGCUUCGCCUCGCUACCUGAUUUCAAACGGACUUUCCUUCUCCCCCCCCCUCUCUCUCGAGAAGAUCAAGCUUCGCUUCAUCGCUCCUCGUCGAAUCUUUUUUGUCGAUAUCAAUGACCGAUAAAAUUUACCUUAUCCUAUAAACCGAAACGGAUUCAACGACUUGGACGAUACGAGCGAGUUCCUUCGGUCGCGUCGAUAAUCGUAAAGACGUUCGAUGUCGAAUCUCAGCGUCGGAUAAAAACAAAGCUUUUUCAUUUGUCCUAGCGAUUUUUCUCUAAGCGCAUUACUUUUGUAUCCCUUUUGCAAAUACGGGGCGCUGCUUGACGAACGAACGUUUAUCUUUUAUCGUCUCGAAACGUUUCCACGCGAUAGUCCGAUGGGAAACGUUGAUAACGCUGCCGAAAAAUGAUCUCGAAGGAGACGAUGCCGUGCUUCGAGUAGAUGCGUGCUUGAUGCUCGGUUUAAGGUCGCUACUCGACGCGUAGAAAACACUGCCGCACUCGUUAAGGAUGUGAUAUAUAAAGCUUAGGUCCUGCCUGCUCGCUAAAAAGAAGAGUACUUUCUCGGGCAGCGGAGACGGAGGGAAGACGCGCGAUGGUCGAGCGAUCGUGAGCGAUCGAACGCUACUGCGCGUUCUUUUCGCUCGAAAGAAAAUAUUAAGAGGAAGCGUCCUUCGGUCGCUCGAUCACGCUCGUCCUUCCGAACGUUCCUUUCCGCGUAUGUUCUCUCGCGAAUCGAAGGCGCUCUUCUUUCGUUCUUUCCUUUCCUUCUUUCUUCUUUUCUUUUCUUUCCAAUAACCAAGGUGCUUUACAACGCAGUAAAUAAAAGAAAAAAACGUGGGAAACGUCGAUAGGAGAGUUAGCGCGACGCCAGUUCGCGCUUUUAAUAAAGGAUCCUUAUACAUAGGUAUACAUGUAUAUAGAAACUAAUACAUAUGUGUGUUUAUAUCGAUAUAAUUGACAAUGAUGCUGUAUGUGUAGGUAUGCCGUAUCCUUCGAAGUACGCUCUAACGACACGUGGACACGAUGAAUUAGAAAUAAAAAGAAAACGAGCGAUUUUUAUUCGUUUCUCGAGACGCCCGAGAAUUUCGGAUUCUCUUUACAUUCGUCUCCGAGCGAGGAGAUGAGUUCCUUCGAGAGUUCGGAGCUCGUGUGCUUUUAUCAUCGCGAUAUACAGAUAUUAUAAGUAUACGUAUGUAUUUACAAACUUGAGAUCUCGUUUAUGCCAUUUUUUCCUUCGUUUGCUUUGUUUCGUUCUUAAUGAUAUACGUAAAGAUACGUAUAUGUAUACAUGUCGACGCUAUGGAAGCAAGGUCGUGUCCGCUUUCUCCUCCUCUUCUUCUUCUUCUUCUUCUUCUUUUUUCGAAAUGAUAACAAAAUAUUGCCGAGCAUGGAAACGAUAUACGAUUACGUGUGUGUAUAUAUUUCCCAGCCAUAGAAGACGAAGGAAAUGAGAGAUCAAGAUGGUAAUUUAAACAAAGUACGAGCUACUGUAUCGCGGAAAACGAUGAAACUUCGAUCGUCGUAAUCCCGACGACACCUGCGUAUAAUAUACUAUAUACCUGUAUAACGUGCAUCGCGCACUCCCUUUCUUUACGUCGUCCUUGGAAAGGACGAAACGAGCGAUGAAAAAAAAAAUAAAAAAAGAUAUUUUAUCGAUUCGAGCAGGGACAAAGACGACGAAGAUGGAAUCGAAUCGCUUUGAUGCGAGACGGAUCGAUGUCCGACUUUACUUGCGCGUAAUCGUCAAGGGGAUUUUCAGCAAUGACUUUAUAAACGAACGAAAUCGUAACACUUGGACGUACGAUGAUCGUAUACCGUGAUAAGGCUGAUAUAUACUUUUGUAUCUCGAUUUUUGGAAAACUUUAAGGGCCGACACCCCUCGUACUCUCUGCUCGAUCGCUUGUAUCGCGAUUUUCAUCGAUCGUGCAACGCUGAAAAUUCGUUCAAUACGAGUUCGCGAGAACUCGAAUGCAUUUGGUACAUAUUGCGUACAUCGCUAUUAUAACACGAGCUAUCGUAUAUCGAACGCCAAAAAAAUAAAUAAGAGUAACAAAACCGACUUGUAACGAGCAGAAACGUCGAUGUGUCGAUCACAAGUGUGGACCCGCGUUCCGCGUCGUAGCGAUUAACGCGAUCCAAUCAAACUGAACCAAUAAUAUAAAAUAAUUUUUGAGAUUGAUAUAUACCGAUCUUUGGGACUAAGCCGAUUUAACGUCAGAACUUUUCAUACGUGAAUUUCUACGAAAAUAUCGUUCGUAUGUCUCUCAACUCUUUCUAUCUCCUUCUCUAUCUGUCCGUCUAUUUCUCUUUGUCACUGUUUAUCCGUGUGCGCUAAGGCGAUAAUCCUUAAGAGCUAGCAAUGUCGCAAGGAAGAAAGGAUUUCGUUUUUUUUUAUUCUUUUUUUUUCUUUCUAUUUUUUUCUUCUUUUUUAUUUUUAUUCUAUGCUAUAAGCUACGUACGAGAUUUAAGGAUGGGAAAAGCAUUCUUUAAAAGCGAAGAGUCAUUGGCUUAGCGGUUUGAAGCCUUUAAACGUUUGCUCGUCGUUCGUCGUUCGUACGUACGUAACGUCGAUGACAAAUCGAUUUGGUAUGCGAAACCGCGAUACGCGACGGAAACUGUAGACUUUGGCUCGUAUGCGAGUGUAUGGCGCGAAAGCUCGCCAUUUUUCUUCUAUUCUUUUUGGAUCGAUUGAGAAAGAAUAAAAUUCUUGUCUCGAUAAAGGGGAUCGUGCGUGUAUAUAUGGAUAUAUACGCGCACACACACACACACAUAUAUAUAUAUAUAAAAGUAAGAUCUAAGAAAUUGAUUAAACAAGAAAAACACAAAAAAAGAGGGAGAGAAAAAAUGUAAUAGGUAGAUAAAUUUAGAAAGAAUCGAAAUUCGCUCUCGUAGAGCACUUAGCGCGAACAAAAAAAAAAGAGAGAGAAAGAUCGUAAAAGAAUCGGCGAACGUGUAAGAAGACCGUGCAAAUUCCCGACGAUCCCUAGCUCUGUUAAUUAAUUACGACGAAGACGACGCGAAAUGGGAAAUUAUGAUUAUUGCCAAUGAUAAGAAUGACGAUCGUAAUACUUUUAUCGUUGUAUCGUACCUUUUCACUUAUAUUUCCUAAGUUGUACGUAUGUUUCUGUAAAUAUUGUAACGAAUGAUAACUACGAAGAAAAUUAUUAUCGAAGAUAUCGUGACUGAUUUAAUAUAAAACGCAAUUAUUUAUGGGAGGAUACGAGGAGAGAAAUCACAUUCUGUAGACGGAUCUUUAGUCUUCUUUAAACUUUUACUCUACAGAUAUACUUUUUUCAAAGUCGAGAUAAAAUGAAAUUCGAAGUGCGAAGAAAAAGCGAAGGGCGAACGGAGCUUUUCUACGAAUUCGUCUAUAGAAUAUCGUUGUUUUCAGGUCGGCCUGAUUUGCCGAUCCUUUUUUCGUUUACUACCUUUCAUUUUAUUCAUAAUUUUGAUAUAGCCUAGAUUUAGAUUCUUACGAGUUGUUUCUCACCGUGGAAGUGUGUUCGACCUUAAUAUCGUGACAAUACCAUUAUUUUGAGACUCGUCGCCAGUUGGUUGGGUAUUUUACCACAUGGAAAAAUGCGCAGCGGUUGAAAUAUUACAGGUAUUAUAUUCAUGUUUUUAUGUAAAUAAAUUUUUGGUAUAUUUCAA